GCCAUUGUGACAGGGAUGGCGACGACUGCCAUCGGUGCCCUCUCGAAAAAACUGUCAGACGUUGUCUCGUCAGAGAUCAACAUGCCCGGAAUGGUCCGUCAAGAUGUCCGGGUCAUCGAAGCUGAGCUCAGUAAAAUGAAAGCCUUCCUGUGGAGUGCGGAUGCAAAGGUGGCGACCAAUGCUGAGGUGAAAGCAUGGGUCAAACAAGUGAAUGAAUUGGCCUAUGACACCGAGGACCUCAUCGAUGAAUUCAAAGUUCACAUAGCCCGGCCUCGCCGCCGUGGCGUCAGGGGCUUUUUUUAUAAUAUCAUUCAGCUGAUCAAGAAAUGGAGAGAGCUGCACGAGAUUCACAACCACCUACAACUCAUCAAGGAAAAAAUUAAACGUGCCCAGGAAGGUCCUACACACUUCGGUCUCCACCCAGUCCCUCAAGUCCCUCCCAGCACAAGCACCACAGAGGAGCCACAUGUUCUAGGACAGCUACAAGCUCUCUUCGUCGAGGAAAGAGAACUCGUGGGCAUCGACGAGCCAAGAAAUCAUUUGAUCCGGUGGUUGCUGGAAGGAAGCAAGUCCCUGAGAGUGAUCUCGGUGGUCGCCAUGGGUGGCAUGGGCAAGACUGCCCUUGUCAAGAAGGUUUAUGAUAGCCCGGCGGUGAGGAUCCAUGGAUUCUUUGAUUGCCAUGUCUGGAUCACUUUGUCGCAAAAUUGGGAUUUCAAAAUCCUGCUAAGAGACAUGAUCAAACAACUCUCCGCUCAAGUAGAGGAAGACCCAACAACUGUCGUUGAGGUCCGCCGAGGCCCUCCUUCCCUCCUGGAACCUUAUAUUUCUAUCAGAGAAAGAAGAGAAAUGCAGAAACGGAUGGAGAUAGAGGCAGCAAACGAGUCUCGCCUCAUCCAAAUGCUCCGAGACCAUCUCAAAAAUAAGAGGUACGUGAUUGUUUUUGAUGAAUUAUGGAGCAAAGAAACAUGGGAGAGUAUAAAACUUGCAUUGCCUGAUAAUAAAUUUGGUAGCCGGGUUGUGAUAACAACACGGCAUACAGAUAUUGCUGCUACUGCCUCUUCUCUUUAUUGUACACAAGAUGAUGCUCUUGUGUACAAUCUCCCACCUUUGACCCUACACGAUUCUUGGACUCUGUUUUGCAUGAGAUCCUUCGGAUCAAAAGAUAAUUGCCCCCCAACGUUGAAGGAUCUGACUGAACAAAUUGUGAAGAAGUGCGGGGGGUUGCCGCUUGCCAUUGUGACAAUCAGUGGCCUACUGGCAACCAAGCCUAAGACUGUCGAACAAUGGAGGAAAUUGCAUGACCGUCUUGGGUCUGAAAUGGAGACCGAACCCACCCUUGCAGUAAUGAAAAAGAUACUGAGCCUUAGCUAUGAAGAUCUGCCCUACCAUCUCAAAUUGUGUUUCUUGUACCUUAGCAUAUUUCCAGAGGACUACACCAUCAGGCGCAGUCGUCUGGAAAGGCUGUGGAUGGGUGAAGGGUUCGUCAAUGCGACGCAUGAGAUAACGGUGGAGGACAUGGCAGAUGAAUACUUCGACGAGCUUGUCAAAAGGAGCAUUAUCCAAGUGACGGAAACCGACCCUUCAGGAAGGGCAAGGAGCUGCAAAGUUCAUGAUAUAAUGCGCGAGGUCAUAAUUUCAAAGUCCAGGGAGGAGGACUUCUUCUACUCAAUCGUUGGUCCAAGCUCACCAAGGCCAAGAAUUGAUAAAGUCCGUCGGCUAACAACCCAGUGUGAUGUGAACCAGCCACUAAAUGUAAGCUUAGCUCAUCUUCGGUCGCUGAUCUUGUUUAGUGUUUUUGUGUCGUCCAGUUUGAAAUCUGCCAAAUUGCUAAGGGUGCUGGAUGUGGAGCGCCAGGAUAUAGGCCAUCGUUUUAUGCCGCACGGCAGUCAAUUGCAGCAUUUGAGGUACCUAAACCUGAGGGGCACUCGGCGUGCUCAGCUCCCAGAGGCCCUGAGUAUGCUGCAAAGCCUCGAAAUGCUAGAUCUCCGAGACUCAUCCAUCUACGAGCUGCCUGCUGGAAUCGUCAAGCUUCGACGGCUGCGGUAUCUUGCUGUUUAUUCCUCACAAAGAAUCACUGCAACAAUGGGGGCUCCGAGAAGGCAAGGCGCACCGAUGCCCAAAGGAAUUGGUGGACUGGGAGAGCUUUGCACUCUUGUUCUGGCCAAUGCCGAACCGGGCUUCAUAGAGGAGCUGGAGGGCAUGCAACAACUGCGAAGGCUGGGCGUGGCGCGGCUCACCAUGGAGAAUGAACCCCGUUUCUGGGAUGCCAUUCAGAAGCUGAGCCGCCUCCGUUCGCUAACAGCCGACUCGAAAGAGGACAAUCUGAUGAGCUCUAUAGGAUCCUUGGGCCAGCUGCCGUCGCUGCUACGAAGCCUCAAGUUGUAUGGCCUCGUUAUGGAGAAAUUGCCGGGCCACCUUGAGUCGUUGAAACACCUGGCCAAGAUGGUCCUUAGUGGAACCAAAUUAGCGGCCGACCCUUUCCCUCUCCUUCAGUCACUUCCAAGCUUGUCGGAGCUCCGGCUUCACAAGGAUGCGUACGUGGGGAAGGAGCUGCACUCUAGGAGAGGGUUCUCGAGGCUUAGAACAAUGCAUCUCAUGGACCUCGGCGAGCUGGAGGUGGUGACAGUGAAAGUAGAGGCGAUGCCCAUUGUGGAGAGCCUAAGGAUCAAAGGAUGCGGGAAAGGAUGGCCUACCGCGGGCCGUGUCGAUCUCCGAAUGGAAGGGCGCCGCGAGAGCCUCAUCGACAUCGACCGCGCGUGAUGUGCAGUGACCGAGGAAGUGGGAGAGGCCAAGGUCGAUGGCUCCAAGCCACCCAAGUGGGUGUAGAAACUCUUUGUUGUUUUCUGGUCUGCAGAGGAUUUGCUUCUUAUUUCGUGGGAAUGUAACAAGGCAUUGCAUGCCACCCUAUUUAUCGUACGUGUUUGGUGCCGGCAGAUAUUGUAUGCAUG